GAUCACGGGAGUUUCUAUCCGGUGGUCAUAAUUGCAUUCCUGUGUUCCUACAACUGUGAAGGUUUACAUUUAGACAAAGUACAGACGUUCUAACAAUUUCGCUACAAUGGCCCGCGUACGUUGUUUCUUUGACAUCUCCAUCGACGGUAAGCCGACAGGCAGGAUUGUAUUUGAGUUGCGUCCCGAUAUUGUACCCAAAACCGUAGAAAAUUUCAGAUCAUUGUGUGUUGGUUGGCAAGGUUACUGCUACAAAGGGAGUGUAUUUCAUCGUAUCAUCCCAGAAUUCAUGUGUCAGGGUGGUGAUAUUACAAGGGGCAAUGGUACUGGCGGCAGGAGCAUUUAUGGUCUGGAGUUCAAGGAUGAAAACUUUAUUUUGAAACACGAAGGACCAGGAACUUUGUCGAUGGCAAAUUCCGGACCAAACACUAACAAUUCGCAGUUUUUCAUUUGCACGGAGAAAACCGACUGGUUGGACGAUGCCCAUGUUGUAUUUGGAAAAGUAGUCGAAGGCAUGGACGUGGUCAGGAAAAUGGAAGCGAAGGGUACCGAUGAGGGCGACAUAACAUCAGUUGUCAAAAUAGAAAAUAGCGGCGAAUUGAAAUGAACAACCAGAUUUUCAUGUUUGCUGUUGUGCAUUGAAUUAGUUUAAUAUAGUAUUGAUGCCACAUUUUUCUUUAUCGACAUGUUUUUAUUAUUUUAGGAUAACGUCUCUUCUCACUGUCGUAUGAUAACCUCUCAAUGUCAUGUUAUGUCAUGUCAUCUCAUCUCAUGUCAUCUCAUCUCAUUGCAUCUCAUUGCAUCCUAUUCCAUUCCAUCGCAUCUAAUCUCACUCUAGCCAAG